UUCCACUUCUUCUUCCUCAUCUAUUACCGCCUCUAGACAUAAGCAACUCCCAGAACUCGUGAAGAGCUCUUUAGUUUCUGAAAAAAAUUAGGGUUUUUAAUUAAUUGAACAAAAAUGUUCACCUUUUUAUCAUUACAACCAAACAUAGUACUCUCUCCUUUCCCGAACCGGACAGGAACCUCGUACUCUCUCCUUCAUCGGACUCAGUUUUCUGGAAUUUCCGACCACAGGCCGUCUCUUCGAGGGUCGCUCCACGUGGCGCGUUCGGGGUUCAUGCCGGGCAUGCUACCCGACCCGGAUGGAGCUGAGGGUGCGAUUAAGGAGUUGUUUGGCAGAGCUGAGAGCAUCCUCUACACGAUUGCAGAUGUAGCUGUUUCAACGACGGAUACUGUUAAUGCUACCACCAAACAGAACAACGAUUGGUUUUCUGGUAUCACCUAUUACAUGGAGAGUGUUCUGAAGGUGCUAAAGGAUGGGCUUUCUACCUUACAUGUCCCAUAUGCUUAUGGGUUUGCUAUAAUUAUGCUCACUGUUCUUGUAAAGGCUGCAACAUUUCCUCUGACCAAGAAACAGGUAGAAUCUGCAAUGGCUAUGCGGUCCUUUCAGCCUCAAGUGAAGGCUAUUCAGCAACGGUAUGCUGGAGAUCAGGAGAAAAUUCAACUUGAAACUGCUCGAUUGUAUAAACUAGCUGGCAUAAACCCCUUUGCUGGAUGCCUGCCUACACUAGCCACAAUACCUGUAUGGAUUGGUCUAUAUAGAGCCCUAUCAAAUGUAGCUGAUGAGGGGCUCCUGACAGAAGGCUUUUUUUGGAUACCCUCCCUCGCUGGUCCAACCACAAUCGCUUCACGUCAAAGUGGCAGUGGCAUUUCUUGGCUUUUCCCAUUUGUUGAUGGUCAUCCACCACUUGGAUGGUCUGAUACUUUAGCAUAUCUCGUCUUGCCUGUGCUGCUGGUUGCUGCACAAUACAUCUCUGUCCAAAUCAUGCAAUCAUCACAGAGUAAUGAUCCAAGCAUGAAAAAUUCUCAAGCACUAACGAAGAUCCUUCCUUUGAUGAUUGGUUAUUUUGCUCUUUCAGUUCCCUCUGGUCUAAGCCUUUAUUGGCUCACAAAUAACAUACUGAGUACUGCACAACAAGUAUGGCUUCAGAAAUUAGGGGGUGCAAAGAAUCCUGUGACGCAGUUAAGUACUGAUGUCAUUGAGCAAGAACAACAACAGCUUCAGAAGUCUCCACCUGAAUUAAACUCAACCCAAAGUAAAGCAGGACAAGUAGAGAAGCUAACUUCCGAAGGGCCUCAUCCUGGUGAAAGAUUUAAACAGCUAAAGGAGCAAGAGGCAAGGAGAAGAAAACAAAGAGAGGAAGAGAAGAAACAAGCUGAAAAGGGUGCUAAAGCAAAUCAAACGGCAGAUGAGGUGCAAGGGAGAGAAGUCAAAUUACUUGGCAGGGAAAAUGGGGCUGGUGUGGAUUCAAACGAAGGUCGGACAAAAACUUCCAUGUCGGGGAUGGAAAACAGUGAUAUUUCUGCUAAUCAUGAGUUCAAUAGGACAGAUCAGCCUCCGUCCUAUGACAGCGAAGGAAAGGAAGCCAUUGAAGCACUCACUAGAGUUGCCUCUGCGGAAAAGAAGCAUACUGAAGAAGAUACCCAGCAAGUCAGAAUUGAGUGAUCCACUUUUGAGAAUCAUAGUAAUAUAACCACAAUCUGAGAGGGCUUGUUCAGAAUCCCAAAAAGGUAGGAUUUGGAUUGAUGUAUCUCUCUCCACUUCCAAGACAAAGCGUGUUCCUCUGAUUAACCAUGAAUGCACACCAAGACUGUAGGAAAUGAAUAAAAGAAUAACCUUUGAAGGGGUCUACAGAUAAAUGCCUUGGCGUAUACGCAGAAUCUCAUUCCUCCACCACAUAUAUUUUCAAUGGGGGAAGUUAACAGUUAACUGGCGUGACAAGGAAACUCUCAAAUUCAACUCAUUAGGAGAAGAGAAAUCAUUAUAUUACUUAAAAUAAAACAUGUUUUCUUACCAUUGCUGCACUCAAAUGCCACCACAUUUGCAGAAUUGACUACAAAAACAAUGUGAUUAAAAAGAUGUGAACAUGACAUGUCAUUGUCUAUGCUUUGGCUUUGAUUAUGAUUGGAAAUUUGGAAUGGUCU